UUGGCAGGGGACAAGGCCAUGAUCUUGGACGUGCGUACAUUUUGGCUCAGACAUUUGAAGAGGCCAAAACUGAUCAUGACAUGUUGGACCCAAUGUUUAUGUGGUCCUCAUGAGGAAUGCUCGACAGCACGGGCAAGUCAGUAUGUCAGCACAUUGAGGAUACCCUAGUGGGGCAAAACACUGAAACUAUUGGUUCCAGCAGUGCCAAACAGAUGGACCAGAUUAAUCUAAUCAAGAUCACACUGCUUCUUCCUGCAACAAUGCAUGUUCUGAAAUCAUGGCCUUGUCUCCUGCCAGCCAGAUGAGCUGAUAGCUGCACUUAACCACAUGCUUCUAUUUGCUAUCGCAUAUAAAUCCAUCACCUUAGCGCCAAUACUUCAUCGGUCCAUGAACAAGCUAAGCACCACACCUAGAGCUGAACAUCACCUGAUACAAGCUGAGCUUCUCUGAACUUUCAGACAAGGCAGACACCGAAUCAGCCAUGAUCAGUGCCAAGUGACUCGCUCAGAUGGCAAGAAAGUGGCAAAGAAAGGCCGCUCUGACGAGGAAGAGGCUCAUGCCCACCGUGGCGAAAGAGACUGACGGAUCAUUGUGCAGCACGUUGUCGGUGGCCAGUAGGGGCCACUGCAUCGUGUACUCAGCUGAUGGCAGGCGGUUUGAGGUCCCGCGGACGUACCUUGGCUCAAUGGUUUUAUGUGAACUCCUAAGCAUGUCACAGGAGGAGUUCGCGUUUGCAGGCAAUGAGUGCAAGAUCAUGCUGCCCUGCGACGCUGUGGUGAUGGAGUAUGUGAUGUGCUUGCUUAGGAAAGAGGACCCUGAAGAGGUUGAAAGAGCGUUCCUGAGCUCCAUGCCGAGGCCUUACCACUGUGGAAAUGGCCUGACGCAGCCCAUGGGACUUGAUGUUCCUAGCUUUUGAAGAUUAGUACUAAACAGCUAGAGCUAGCAUCUGUUCCCGUUUUGAUUCUUUCUU